AUGUCCCUUGCGGUCAGAUUAACGCUUGAGAAUACUAAUACUAUCUUCCAACUCUCUACUUUUAUUGGGGAUGACCGCAUUCUCAUCCAAAACAGAUUUCAGAUCACACCACAUGGCCUACUCAGUGGUCGCCCUAUAACGUGGGAUCAAUCUUUUGUAGAGUUCUCACCAUCUCAGGGAAACGAUAUGAUCGAUCUUCAGUGCAGAAUGGAGAGAAGCCUUCUAGACUCAUAUUGCACGGCCUUAGACAGCCAAGCCAAAGCAAUACUCUCCCGUGCUGCAGCUCGAGCCAGUACAACACAAGGACAAGCUCAAACAACGGAGCACCUCACACAUGAUUUCACCUUACAUGAGUUCCAAGCAAUGCAAAAACUUUCCAAACAGACUCAAGACAUAGCACAGGCACUGUCAACCCACCAGAAGCACUUGGAUUACAGCUUGCAAGGAUACACCAAUGUGGUGAUGUUUGACCUCAGCCUUCCUGAAUAUGUUUCAGAAGAUGAAGUAGAUGAAGAGUCAAGUUGA